GUCACAUGGACACGGUCCGUCCCAUAUUGUCGUCCCCGACUGUUAACGUUGAGGAUAAAAGUACAAAAAUCUCCACUGCUGUUAAAAACUGGACUGUUUGUCUGCUUAUAAACGCAGGUUGUUUAGUGACGUAAGACAGCGGCAGUCACCAUGGCAACAGAAGAGGGCCGUAAAGAUGAGUGCGAGGCCAGUUUUUCUAUAAAUGAUGAAGAAAUGAACAAGUGGAUGUCGAGAGCUUUUGAAAUGGCCAGAGACGCUCUGGAGAACGGAGAAGUGCCGGUCGGAUGUCUGAUGGUCCACAGAGACCAAGUGGUGGGGAAGGGAAGGAACGAGGUCAACGAGACAAAAAACGCGACCCGUCACGCUGAGAUGGUUGCUGUGGACCAGGUUCUGGACUGGUGUCGCCAUAACAACCUGGAUGUGCGGAGCGUGUGUGAGCGCACCGUCCUGUACGUCACCGUGGAGCCGUGCAUCAUGUGUGCUGCAGCGCUGCGCCUCAUGAACAUCCCGCUGGUCGUGUACGGCUGCAGGAAUGAGCGUUUCGGAGGCUGCGGGUCGGUUCUGGACGUCUCCUCUGCAGACCUUCCUCACACCGGGACGACGUUCAGGUGCGUUUCAGGCCUCAGAGCGCAGGAAGCUGUCGAGAUGCUGAAAACUUUCUACAAACAGGAGAAUCCAAACGCGCCGAACCCCAAAACAAGGAAGGACUGAGCCGAACAGAAGCCAUCGUUUUCUGGCUGACCUUUAAAGUUUAUUGUAUUUUUUUUAUUGUUGUAUUUUCUAAAAUAAUAAAAAAGAGUUUAUAUAUUUUUU